AUGUGCCAGGUGGGCGAGGAUUACCGGGAGCCGGUGCCCAAGGACCCGCCGCCGCCGCCGCGGCCUGGUCAUGAGCAGCAGAAGUGUAUGAAGUGGUGUGUGAAGUGCAAGAAAGGUGCGCCUGUCUUGGUGAUCCGGGCGGGAGAUGCCUUCUGCAGGGACUGCUUCAAGGCAUACUAUGUCCACAAGUUCAGAGCCGUGCUCGGGAAGAACCGGCUCAUCUUUCCAGGUGAGAAGGUCCUCCUCGCGUGGUCAGGUGGGCCGUCGUCCAGCUCCAUGCUCUGGCAAGUCCUAGAGGGCCUGAGUCGAGAGUCAGCCAAGCAGCUGCGUUUUGUGCCUGGGGUUGUCUAUGUUGAUGAAGGAGCAGCCUGUGGCCGGAACCCGGAGGACAGAGCAGAGACCCUGGCUGAGGUGCAGUCAAUCCUGCGCUCCACCGGCCUACCGUGGCAUGGCGUUGCCUUGGAAGAGGUGUUCGGCCUGCCCCAGUCUGUGCUGCGGCACUUCUCCCAGGAGCCAGCCAUGGGCGAUGGGGCCUACAAAGAGGCCGUGGACGGCUUCAUCCAGCAGCAGCAAGGGCUGGGGACUGAGGGGGCCAGGGAUAGCCCCAGUCUGUCCCCGGGGUUGGAGCAGCUGAGCUGGCCCAGCCCCCACAACCCGCAGAGCCCAGCAAGGCCACACACGGCUGCCGAGACUGAGGCUCUGUCCAGACUGUUCAACUCAGUGAGGACACUGACCGCCAAGGAGGAGCUUCUGCAGACCCUCCGGACCCAUCUGAUCCUGCAUGUGGCUCGCACACAUGGCUACUCCAAAGUGAUGACAGGGGACAGCUGCACCCGUCUGGCCAUCAAGCUCCUGACCAACCUGGCGCUGGGGCGAGGGGCCUUCCUUGCCUGGGACACGGGCUUCGCGGAUGAGCGGCAUGGGGACGUGGUGGUGGUGCGACCCAUGCGGGAACACAUGCUGAAGGAGGUCGCCUUCUACAACCACCUGUUUGCCAUCCCCACUGUGCUCACGCCAGCUAUCGACACCAAGGCCCCCGAGAAGGCCAGCAUCCACCGGCUGAUGGAGGCCUUCGUUCUCCAGCUGCAGGCCCAGUUCCCCUCCACCGUCAGCACUGUGUAUAGGACAAGCGAGAAGCUGGUCAAGGCACCCCGAGCUGGCCGGGCCGCCAGCCCUUCCCGCCCCUGCUGCCUCCUCUGCCUGUGCAUGCUGGACGUUGACAGCGCUGAUAGUGCCACGGCUUUUGGGGCCCAGUCCACCACAGCCCUCUCACUGAGGCAGGCCCCCGCCCUGCAGACCCAGGCCAAGGAGCCCACAGUGCCCUGCUGCUCACCAGGGCUUUGCGAGGACCGGGGCUGCUGCAGGGGGGCCAGGCCCAGUGAGAGGGAGGAUCUCCAAGCCUGUGUCAUAGAGCAGCUGUGCUACAGCUGUCGUGUGAACAUGAAGGACUUGCCCUCCCUGGACCCCCUCCCACCCUACAUCCUAACUGAGGCCCAGCUCCGCAACCACAGGGCCCAGGCCAUGCAGGAGAUCCAGGAGUUUCUGAUUGAAGACAGUGAGGACGAGGUGGAGACGGGCCAGAGCUGA